AACUGUUCUAGAACCACUAACCAGAAUCUCCUCUUUUUUCCUGCAAAAGCGUCCAAUGCUGCCUGAGGCUUGAACCCAGCCUGAGAAACCACACCUGAAAAACCCUGCCUCUGUCUGCAGUAUCAGCUUGGAUUCCUCAGGUUAUUCAGGGAUGGAUUAUCUUCAGCAGUGUUAAAUAUAUUACCAUCAAUUUAGGAGAUGGCUUCUUUGCAAAGGAAAGGGCUGCAGGCUAGGAUUCUCAGCUCUGAAGAAGAGGAGAAACUGAAAAGAGAUCAAGCUUUGGUGUCUGAUUUUAAGCAGCAAAAACUGGAAAAAGAGGCUCAGAAGAACUGGGACCUUUUUUACAAAAGAAAUAGUACUAAUUUCUUCAAAGACAGACACUGGACCACCAGAGAGUUUGAAGAGCUCAGAUCAUGUAGAGAGUUUGAAGAUCAAAAAUUGACUAUACUUGAAGCUGGCUGCGGUGUCGGGAACUGUUUAUUCCCACUGUUAGAAGAUCUGAAUAUCUUUGCCUACGCCUGUGAUUUUUCUCCAAGAGCAGUUGAAUAUGUCAAGCAAAAUCCUUUAUAUGACACAGAAAGAUGCAAGGUGUUCCAGUGUGAUCUCACCAAAGAUGACCUUCUGGAACAUGUGCCCCCAGAGUCUGUGGAUGUUGUCAUGUUGGUAUUUGUACUCUCUGCCGUUCACCCUGAUAAGAUGCACCUUGUCUUACAAAAUAUUUACCAGGUAUUGAAACCAGGCAAAAGCAUCUUGUUUCGUGACUAUGGGCUGUAUGAUCAUGCCAUGCUUAGGUUUAAAGCUGGCAGCAAACUUGGGGAAAACUUUUACGCUAGACAAGAUGGAACCAGAUCAUAUUUUUUUACUGAUGAAUUCCUGGCUCGGCUCUUUACGGACACAGGUUAUGAAGAAGUGGUGAAUGAGUAUGUGUUUCGUGAGACGGUGAACAAAAAAGAAGGCCUGUGUGUGCCAAGAGUUUUCCUUCAAAGCAAAUUCCGAAAGUGUCCUAAGAACCCAACUCUGGGUCACAAGUCCUGACCUUUCACGAGGUUGACAUUUGUGCCUCCCCUCGAAGAGGAAAGUUUAAAGUCACUCUUUAUUUUGGAUAUUUUUAUAUUUUUUUAUAAUGAGGACGUAAUUUUUAUAUUAAAAAGUAGCAAGUGUCUGUGUGUGUAUUAUGGAAAUGCAAAUAAAAUUGCAAGGCCUGAAAAG